GUUUCGGGAACUAAUUAUAAUAACCCUGCCUUUUCUAGAAGUAGUGAUGAAUAUGUAUUAGCCUAGGAGCAUAAAAACCAGCCGCCUGAUGUAACGUGUGUGUGUGUGUUGGAGGAGCCCAGACUCCCUGCGCACCCACCAAUAAAUCUUAUAAAGCUAAACUGACCCGGAAUUUAUAACAAUUUGGUGACCCUGACGUGAUCCUCUUGGUCCCGAGGCUGCGAACGCCUAAGGGAGGCGUCCCCCACCCUUGUUUCGUUGUGGCCCUUUUCCAAGGGCAGUAGGGAGCCCAGCUGGAUUACGAACAGAAGAGGCAAGUGAGGAACAAAGAGCUCUCCCCUCCUCUGGUUUACAGCCGUAACUCUGUGCACGAAGAUCCGAACGAAGAUUUAUCGUUUGCUUUCCAGGAGCUGGAUCACCCCGAAAGCCUGAACAGUACCACAGGCCCACAUCAACCCUGAGACCGGGCCCAGCCCCUCGAGUGAAGGCUCUUCCCACACCCUCAAGACUGGACGGCGCAGAGGGAUAAGCAAUGCUAUACAUCCUGGUACUGUUUUUACAGGGGCAACUGAGCCAUGGGCAAGAACGGAGGAAUAACUUUUUCAUUCUGGGGGAGGAAGUGGCCAAGGCCUUUAACCUGAGUAACUGCUGGGUUUGUGGAGGACCGGGGGGGGAUGAAAGUUGGCCCUGGGUAGCUGGCCCGGUCGAACCCAAGUGGUGGGUUAGUAAUUUGAGUGAAGUUCAUAAUGGGACACAGUUUUGGAAAGAGGAAGGAGGCCUGUGGCAAUUGCACUCGUCAGAUCGGGGUAUGUACUGCUUAAACAGAACAGGAACGGUAGCGGUAGGAAAAAGCAUUUGUAAUUGGACCCUGUCUCCCGGAUAUGAUUGUGCUGAUCCUGAAUGUAGACCCAUAAACUGUACAGCACGUAGUGGGCAAUGGAACGCCACACAUGUCCAGCUGAGAAACGGGACUUGGCUGAAAUGCUCAUAUAGGGAGUUUUUUGGCUCUGGAUGUGAAACCGCAGAAAGAGCACAAGCUGAGGGACAGUUUGACAGUCAGAUCUUGAGCUGUCAGCAUGAUAACACCACUAGGGAACAGCACGUGGUAAGGGUCUACCGCUGGAGGUGGCAAGAUGAGAAUGGGAGACGAGUGUUCUUUAAGCAUUUCUGGUCAGCUCAUAAUAUGACAGGCCACCAAGGAAAACUUGAUUGUAAUUGUAAGUGGGAAUCCGAUGCGGGAGCUUGGAGGUGUACAUAUACAAGUAAAAAGGGGGCAGACAUUGUAACAGGACCACUUGGUGACAAGAACACUCUGUAUUUUCACGCUCCAAAGAAUAAAGAAGGAUGGGAUGGUCCUUUUCCAAAUGGGACGUGGGCCCUAAAGGGACAUUACUGGGUGUGUGGCAAAUAUGCCUACAAGAGGCUACCCAAAAACUGGUCAGGAAUAUGCUAUGUGGGGUACAUAAGACCCUUGUUCUUUCUAUUGUCACAAAUACAAGGAAAUCAUUUACAAGUAACAUUAUAUGAUGAUGUGAAUAGAGAGAAACGAUCUACUGAUGCUUCCUUAGCCGGGGGUAGUGCCCAAAAAUGGGGAGAGAAUGAAUGGCCUCCUGAAAGAAUCAUACAGCAUUAUGGACCAGCUACCUGGAACCCGAACGAGGUAGUAUCUGGGGCCCAAGAACCUAUUUAUAAUUUAAAUCGAAUAAUUAGGUUGCAAACUGCCCUCGAAAUUAUAACCAGUCAAACAACGAUGGAUUUGGGUCUUUUGACUGAUCGAUUCACCCAGCUGAGGAAUGCUAUCUUUCAACACAGAAUGGUUUUAGACUAUUUACUAGCAGAGGACGGGGGAGCGUGUGGAAAGCUGAACGAUUCUAAUUGUUGUUUACAAAUUGAUGACAACGGAAAAGUGGUUAAACAGAUAACAAAGGAAAUUAGGAAGUUAGCCCACGUCCCAGUACAAACUUGGAAGGGUAUGGAUUGGGAUUUGUUUUCCUGGCUGCCCGGUAGACCAUGGGUUAAACAGAUGCUAUUUUUAUUUUUAUGUGGUGUAAUGAUGUUAUUAUUUAUACCUUGUAUGAUACCUUGCUUUACAUUAUUGAUACGCCGAAUAAUAAAUAGUAACCGAUUUGUGAUGACUUCGGUAGGGAAGAAAGGUGACAUGUCAAUAAUGAUGCUUAAGCAACGGAACCCCCAAGAACCAACUGAUGAAAUGCAGUUGUUACUGGCAAAAGUUGAAGAAUAGAUAUGAAUUGCGAAUAUUAAAAAGAAGAUGAGGGAUUGUUAGGAAUGUUUCAGCAAUUCAUAUCAAUGGAGGGCUUGAAGGGUAAACCUGGAGUCUCUGAUAUCUGGGGGGGGGGCUCAGAAUAACUGCUAACUAUUGUGACUAGUGCAUGGGACACUACGCAAGUCUCUGACAUCUGGCCAAGAUGGACAAAGGAAAAGGACAACGAAAAAGCCUGGGAGGAAGACUACGAGCCUUCAGCACGAGAGACCACCAGAGGGACCACUGGAGACUGAUAAGCAUGCGCCAGUGGGAGGGUUUGGAUUUUGGGAACUAAUCAUAAUAACUCUGCCUUUUCUAGAAGUAGUAAUGAAUAUGUAUUAGCCUAGGAGCAUAAAAACCAGCCACUUACUGUAACAUGUGCGUGUGUGUGUGUGUUGGAGGAGCCCAGACUCCCUGCGCACCUAACGCUGUUUACUUGCCUUUUAUUGACCCCAUAAAUAAACUUUAUAAAGCUAAA